CUCGUAAUUCUGCAUUCUGUUGUUAGUCGCUGGUCUUGACCAGCCGAUUUCGGCAAGAUGAAGUUAGCACUUGCAUUUCUUGUCGCAUAUUCUGUUGUAACAGUUGAGUCAGCAUAUAACGCAUUUGAAUUAUCGGAUUCAUUAAUUCCCAAUGGUGAUAAUGAUGAAUUUAAUGAUUUAUUAGCAGACUACGAUAAGGACAAAAACAAGGACAAAGAUAAAAACAAGGAUAAAGACAAAAACAAAGACAAGGACAAAAAUAAAGACAAGGACAAAAACAAAGACAAGGACAAAAACAAAGACAAGGACAAGAACAAGGACAAGGACAAAAAUAAAGACAAGGACAAGAACAAAGACAAGGACAAGAACAAGGACAAAGACAAAAAUAAAGACAAGGACAAGAACAAAGACAAGGACAAAAACAAAGACAAGGACAAAAACAAAGACAAGGACAAGAACAAGGACAAGGACAAAAAUAAAGACAAGGACAAGAACAAAGACAAGGACAAAAACAAAGACAAGGACAAGAACAAGGACAAAGACAAAAACAAGGAUAAAGACAAAAACAAGGACAAAGACAAGAACAAAGACAAGGACAAAAACAAAGACAAGGACAAGAACAAGGACAAAGACAAAAACAAGGACAAAGACAAGAAUAAAGACAAGGACAAGAACAAAGAUAAAGACAAAAAUAAAGACAAAAACAAAGGCGAUUCUGGUCCUUCCGGGAGCAAAGGCAACCCUGGAGAUGAUGGUCCCCCAGGAAGCAAGGGCGAUCCUGGAGAUCCUGGAAGCAAGGGCGAUACUGGAAGCAAGGGCGAUCCUGGAGAUACUGUAAGCAAGGGGGAUCCUGGAGAUCCUGGAAGCAAGGGCGAUACUGGAGAUACUGGAAGCAAGGGCGAUACUGGAGGAGAUGGUCCUCCCGGAAGCAAGGGCGAUACUGGAGGAGAUGGUCCUCCCGGAAGCAAGGGCGAUACUGGAGAUAAUGGUCCUCCCGGAGACAAAGGCGACCAGGGAGAUAAAGGAGAACCUGGUAACCCGGGAGGAGUGAAAGGCGACAAGGGAGAUUCAGGAAGUAAAGGAGACUCAGGCUCCCCAGGAAGUGACGGUAAUGAUGGCUCGUCAGGAGGACCUGGGCCUAAAGGAGAUACAGGAAAUCCAGGUCCACCGGGAGUUCCCGGAAUUCCGGGAAAGGAUGGAGAACCUGGAGGUAAAGGAUCUAGUAGCGGCAAAAAAAACAAGCUUUUACAGACAUUGGCACUUUUCUCUAUAUUAGGAAAACGACCGAGCAAUAGAAAUGUUGGAGGUCGAAGACCACCUCCUAAUCGAGCGGUUCACAGUCAUGGCGGCUUACCACCACAUAGCCACGGGCCAGGAAACACAAUGUCUGGAAAUGCUGGAUACCAUGUGCACUCUCCUCCAAAUUCUGGCACGACAACAUACACACGGCCUCAAAUAAACCAACACAAUCAUGGACAGGGCGGAGAUGUAAGAAAUCCUAUUGGCUAUGUCAAACCUCACAUGCACACAAGUAAUGGAGCUAUUAUUGGAGACGUUCCAGCACAUUCUCACCGACAGUCUCCGGCCGGUAUAGGUUUGCAUUCCCACGGUCCGAACGGAUAUGUUGAACCUCAAAAUAGUGCAACCAACCAUUGGCACGAUCCCGUUAGUGGUCUUCCCGAUCGAUCUUACGGUGUCCAGCCUCACACUCACACUCAAACAAGAAGACCUCAGCUGCAAUUAGAAACACACCAGCACGCACCAGAUGGACGUGUGAUUGGAAAUCAAAUCCCUCAUUUUCAUUUCUCUCCAGGUGGCAGAGUCUCUUCCGGAAACGUCCCGGAUCAUACCCAUACCCAAACAAGCAAUAUCCCUCCUCGGCAAAGACCAGUUGGAUCCCACGUUCACAAUUCUCAAGGAAAUGCAAUUGGAAAUGAGUCACCACAUACACAUGGAGUUUCUGGGGAUAUCAGUAGCGGAUAUAACGUUCCUCCUCACACUCAUCAAAGGCAAGUAGCGUCUAACGGCAUACAUACCCAUGGAACAGACGGUAGAGUUUUCGGGAAUUCUGGUGUUUCUCAGCAUAUCCAUAACAAUGACGGGAGUAUAACAUCACUAUCGUCAGGACAAAUAAAUUAUCACACCCACAAUUCAGUUGUUCGAACGAUUGUGGAGCAACAUGCACACAUUGGCGGCCAGGCAACAAAUGGCGUCGAAAGUCAUAAUCACAAUGCAGAUGGUAGUGUGGUGGAACCACACGUAGCCCAACACAGGCAUGUACACGGUUCGAGUGGAACGGCAUACAGUGAUGGUCAAUCGGGGACUGUUGGAGGUCAUAUGCACAUUUCGGGUGGAACAACAUACAGUGGUAGUCAAUCGGGGACUGUUGGAGGUCAUAUGUUCAGUUCGAGUGUAACGACAUACAAUGGUGGUCAAUACGGAUCUUCUCCCGGAACAACCCAUUCCGGGAGUCACGCGUAUAAUCACGGAGGAAGUUCACACUACGGAAAUAGCUGCCAAAAACACGUUUCGCUUGGGCUUCAAGAAUGCAAGAACUGAUCCAAAUUCUGCGCAUUUAUUACGCAAAUGUCUGUCGUCUCUGCCAUACGGUCAAAUUGAAGAUCUAUGCAAAACCAAAACGGACAUUUGUCAAGUGACCAUAAGUGUUGGAUCGAACACUCAACACAGCAACGUGAAACUCUCUCAUCCUAUUUAUCUUAGAGGAGAGCAAUGCGAAGGCCGCGACGGACAUCCUUGUGGGACGACUGCAGGAAGCUACUUCGAUCCUUCUUACGCUUCUUCAUGUAGAUGUCGCACGAAGAUUUGUGAAUCAGUUGUAGAUACGUGUUACGUCUAUGAUGGAAAAUUAUAUUCAUCAAAAGCUAGAGUUAAACGCCCGUGUGGUUGUGAAUGUUAUCAGGAAUACACACAUGUCCAGACGAAGACCCCGACAAAAUAGUCAACCUGUAGGAGAGACAUGAAAAGUUUUGACGUUCUACUGAAAUAGACUAACAUUGUGGAUUGUUCGAUUAUUUCAAAACAUAGUAAAUCUGAGAGGGAAUUUAAAACUAUAAUAUAUAUGUUCUGCUCUAUGACUGAUUUCAAUUCGUAAGCAUGAAUUGUAAAAGUGGAUUUCAGCAAGAAUGCUUUCCCGCUUGGCACAUGUUUAAUGCGGUACAUUAUUUAGCUUAAAUUAUAUUAAAAUAAAGUUGGCACAUACUUGACUGAGAAGGAAUGGACUCUAAGGUUUACUGUGUUAUUUUUUUCAUAUAGCGCUUUUAUGUGGUGAAUGUUAUUAAAACUGGUUCUAGAUUUUAUUAAUUAAUAUUCUGUUUAUGACGUCACUAAAUUGCGACAUUUAAAGUCUUUUGGCCAGGUCAGAAAACUUACAUUCGAUAAAUGAAUAAAAAAUGUAACAGAAAAUUUUAUAUUGGUGUUAUGUGUUUAAAUUUUUUGGUCGUGGAUGAUAAAUCAUCAAAUUAUUCGUUAAAAUUUUCUAAACAAUAGCGAAUUUGUGAAGAAUAUAUGUAAUAGUGUUAAAAGGCCUUACUUACUUGAAUAAAGUUCGUUCUCUUCGUCAAGUCCA